GCGCUGAGCGUUCCUUACGACCGCACCCAGAGAAAGCGACGCGCGUCCACCUCGUGCCGGUGAGCACUCGACUGCCACACCCCGGAGUGCCUCCUCCUCGCGAACAUAAAAGGGGACCGAAGCCGCUCGGACCAGUGCCCGCCCAUCAUCCUCAACGCUCCGACCGCACCCGCCGCUUCUCUCGCGCAACACACCAGCCCUACCUCACAUCCGCUCAUCAUGUUCACCGUCCUCAUCACCGGAGCAAACGCGGGCAUAGGCCUCGCCGUCGCCGCACAGCUCGUGGCGCGCGACGACACGCACGUCAUCGUCGCGGCGCGCUCGAGCGAAAAGGCCCAGGGCGCCGUCAAGGAGCUCAGCGCCAAGGCGGCGUCUUCCUCCAAGCUCACGCCCGUCGUGCUCGACCUCGACGACGAGGCGAGCGGCGCGGCGCUGCGCAAGGAGCUCGAGCAGCAGGGCAUCAAGCUCAACGUGCUCGUCAACAACGCCGCCAUUGCGUUCGACGACGACGAGGUGGACAAGCGCGGCCUGCGCGCCGUGAUGCGCGACACGUUCGAGACGAACGUGUUCGGCACGGCCCACCUCACCGAGACGCUCGAGCCGCUGCUGGAGCGCGGCAGCGUGCGCCCGGCCAUCGUCAACGUCUCGAGCGAGCUGGGCAGCUUUGCCCUCACACCCACAUUUCCGCCCGAGCUGCACACGAUGUGGCUGUCGUACAAGAUGAGCAAGACGGCGCUCAACGUCCUCACAACGCACUACACGGCGCUGUACAAGGACGUGCGCGUCGUCGCCGCCACGCCUGGCUACUGCGCCACGAAGCUGAACAACUUCAGCGGCACCAACACGCCCGAGUCGGGCGCCGAGAUCAUCGUGCGCGCCAUUGUCGACACCGACGGCAAGACGGGCAUCUUCACCGGCGGACCCGGCGAGUACCCUUGGUGAAGUGCCCGGGCACUGGCCGGCGCCUUCUGACCGGGCU